AUGGGUAAAGAGCUAACUCCAGAGUUUGUAAUCCAGUGGACUAGAUUCAUGACUGGAAUUAUAUUUACGUGGCCUCCAAGAUCGAAAACAACACGACUCACAGAGAUUAUUUUCGAAACAUGUUGGUGGAUUUCCUUGAUUGUCAUUGUAGCAGGCACUGUCCCACUUUUCAGUACGGCGUACAAACACCGGACGAGUUUCAACAAAUUCACUGAAAGUGUAUCCUUAGCAUUCUGUCUAAUUCAAACUCUAGUACUAGUGAUCAUUGCGAAACACCAUUCUCGUCGGUUUCAGUAUAUUAUUGACGAGAUGGAGACUUUCGUAAAAAAUGCAAAUUCCUAUGAACGAGAAGUACUCACGAAUAAUGUGGAAGUGGUUACUCCGUUCUACUUUCGAUAUAAUAUUCUGUGCUUAACCGCAACUUUAGCAUAUACAUGUGGUCCUUUCGUAAUGGAUCAGCCAUUUCCCAAUAUAGCUGAGUAUCCAUUCCCCGUAGACAAACAUCCUCUUUAUGAUAUGAUUUUAAUAUUGGAAGUGAUAAACGGGGUGCAAUGCUGCUGUACUGGUGGCUUCAUUUGUCAAUUGUCGCUGCUCCUUUGGUACGGAACAAUUCAGCUUCGAAUUCUCUCGGAUAAAAUUGAAAAAGUCAGCGAUUCAGAAGGACUCGAAAACUGUAUUUCCAUACAUCAAUAUAUAUUAUGGUAUAUUGAACAAAUCAUCGAAAUUGUGCAGCCUGUUAUAGCAGUCAUAAUCGCAAUAGCCACAAUAUCCAUUGUAUGUGGGGCAAUUCAGAUCGUUGGAAAUGCAAUACUCCUUAAAAAAAUUCAGCUUGCGUCGAUCUUAAUUGCGUCUGGCUUUGAGCUUCUUUCUGUUGCUUGGGCCGCAGAAAAUUUAACGGCAGCGAGCGAAGGAGUUAGUUGGGCGCUAUAUAACUUGUCGUGGACUCAAAAUUCCAAGAAAUUGAAUGGAGCUAUCAUUUUCAUGAUACAGAGGUGUCAAAAUCCGCCAAAAAUAGCGAUCGGUGGAUUAAUGCCGACAUUAUUCAUGGAGUAUUAUGCAAAGUACAUUUCAGCAAUAUACUCCUUCUUCACUACGCCACGUGUCAUGCUCCAGAAGUUUGAGCAGAAUCAAUAA